UUGUGGCUGAGCGGUUGCGAACCCGGCCGUCUCCCGGAAGGGCUCGCGGAGGCGGUGGGCCGCGCAGGUUCGGAGGCCGGCCGGGCGGCUCGGCCCAGCCUGAAGCCCCUGCGUCCGCCGCCCGCGGUGUCCUCGGAUCUGUCGACAUGAAUCCCGUCAUCGUGGUCCACGGUGGCGGAGCCAGUAAUAUCUCUAAGGACAGGAAAGAGCGGGUGCGUCAGGGCAUCAUGAGAGCUGCUACCGAGGGUUACAAAAUCCUGAAGGACGGAGGGAGCGCAGUUGAUGCUGUGGAAGGAGCUGUGACCAUCCUGGAAGAUGAUCCUGAGUUCAACGCAGGUUGUGGAUCUGUCUUGAAUGUAAAUGGUGAUGUGGAAAUGGAUGCUAGUAUCAUGAAUGGAAAAGACCUGUCUGCAGGAGCUGUCUCUGCAGUCCAGGGCAUAGCAAAUCCCAUUAAACUUGCACGGCUUGUUAUGGAAAAGACAACUCAUUGCUUUCUGACUGACCAAGGUGCAGCAAAAUUUGCGACAGCCAUGGGGAUUCCCACAGUUCCUAAAGAGCAGCUGGUGACAGAGAGAAACAUAAAACGCCUAGAGAAAGAGAAGCAUGAGAAAGGUGCUCCAAAGCCAGACUGUGAAAAAAACCUAGGAACCGUGGGCGCCGUGGCCUUGGACCGCAAUGGAAACGUGGCCUACGCGACCUCGACGGGGGGCAUCGUGAAUAAAAUGGUCGGCCGGGUUGGGGACACGCCAUGCAUAGGAUCUGGAGGUUAUGCUGACAAUGACAUUGGUGCCAUUUCAACAACGGGGCACGGGGAGAGCAUCCUGAAGGUGAAUCUGGCCAGACUCACUCUCUUCCACGUAGAACAAGGAAAGACACUGGAAGAGGCUGCCGACAUGUCGUUGGGUUAUAUGAAGUCAAAGCUGAAGGGUUUAGGCGGCGUCAUCUUGGUCAGCAAAGCAGGAGACUGGGCAGUGAAGUGGACCUCUGCCUCCAUGCCCUGGGCGGCCGCCAAGGACUGCCAGCUGCACUCUGGAAUUGACCUUGAUGAGACCAAUGUCACUGACCUGCCCUAGGACCAUGAAGAUUGUAUUCUAGGUGCUAUCCUGAAGGGAAAGUCCAGCUUCCUGGUGUGGAGAUUUAGCUUAAUUAAUUAGAUCUAGAAAUGGAAAAUUCUGCA